UUGGUACUGGGUCAACACAUGAGGUAGAGGAGUUACACUCAUGUGACAGUCCUGCAAACCUCAGUUAAAGUAAUACAGGUGAAUGUUCCCAUGGUAACAUCUACACAGGGUUAACUGAGAUUAACAUCAGCAGUGACACUGGAUCUAACAGAAGAAUAACAAAGGGAGUUCUCCACACUGGUCAUGUAUUUGCACUUCAUAGACCUGUCCUGUCACUGUCACUGAUACAUUUUGACACAAUUAUCUAUUGAUCAAAGGAAACGUGCAGUAAUUCAGGUGAUGCAACAGCACAUGAAAUCAGAACUUAAAUGACACAGAUAAAACGGGUGAAGAUAAAAGGAAUGAAACUGUAAAAAGAUGCAUUCGUUUGAAAAAAGAAAUAAAAAUGUUUCUUUUACACUGUAACUCUUUUCUAUAACUGUGAAGAAUAAAGUUGACGUGUUUCCAGUGAAACCUGAUCAUCAGUUUCCGGUUCGACUCAAAUCUGUGCCAGUGUGACGGAGGCGCAUAGCCCCUCCCACUGCUGAGACCGCGCUACACACACACACACAUACACACACACACACACACACACACACACAAACACACACACAGACAGCACAGUUGCACACACGGCGAGAAGACGUGAAACUCUCGGCUGGACGAGCCGGACACAGACAGAGUGAUGUCAGAGUCUGCAGGACGCUGUGCCUCCGUCUCCUCCGUCUCCUCCAUCUCUCUGGUGGAGGUCAAGGCCGAGACUCAUCUAGUCCUCCAGGCUUUCCUCCAUCGGACCCUCUCGACCCCUGUGAAAGAGAGGCCUGGGAGAGUAGGAGGGGCUUACACAGACUUCAACAAGUACAGCUGCAUACCACAACCAAAAGCAAAGGACGGCGGGGACUCUCAGACUGAAGAUGUCAGUUCGUCAGAUGAGAAAAAGUCUGGAUUCAAAGACUUCAUCAAGCAGCUGCCUCGUCGUAACACCUCACGCUCCUCCGCCAAAGACCCUAAAGGCUCGCUGGACCGGGACAGCCCAGCAAAACCACCUCUCCUCAGAGACCAAGCAGAAGAUGAUGUCAUCUCCCCCUCCUCUACAUCAGAGGAUGAUGAUGAGAAGAAGCAGAAGAAGCUGAACAGGAAGAAGAUCAAAAGAAAGAUCUCGAAGUUCUUCAGGUUGAAGUUGGAGAAGGACAAAGAGGGGCAUGGAUCUAAGAAACCCACCACACUGUCAUUUAGCAAAGACCCGGAACCUGAGACCAUCGUCUCUCCCAACCACCCACCUGAGUUCUACGAUGAGGUGGCUGAGAAGCUGGAGAAGAUCGCCCAGAGGUCCACCAGCAUGAAGAGACCCAGCCCCCCAGCCCGGCCUCCCCCAGCAGUGUGUGAUAAAGAGGCCGUGGUGCAGCAGCUGGUUCAGGUGCUCUCUGUGGAGGGAGACUCCAUCAACACUAAGAUCCAGUCAGACCCCUUCCUGCGCUCCAGCCUCACUCGUCUCUCUUACGCGUCGUUUGCCAAACUUCUGGACACUUUCAGCAGCCGUCAGGUGUCUGAGGCUCCACCCCUGGCGCCGUCGGCCAGUCCGACGCUGCGACGCAUGGCCAUCACCAUGGAGGUGUCACGGCGGAUAGUGACGGCCACAGGAACCGUGCGCAUGCAGGGCUACGCAGAGUGCUACAUGGAGACCUUCGCCCCCUGGGUGAAGAAUCAGGGCGGAUGGGAGAACGUGGUGGAUCUGGAUGAGUCUGUGGAGUAUGACUAAGUUCUCAGAGAGACCAGGUGUCUGAUCAACUCUGAACUCUGGAUCAUCCGGUGAAGAGACGGACCUCGCUCUGAUUUCCCACCUGUGAAAAGACUAGGUUCCAGAGGCCUCUUUGAUUUCUGAUGAUCUGGGAUCAGAAAGUACUUUGGCCACAGGUUUACAGAUUUUACCCAGUCAGAAGAAGAAGAAGCUGUUUGAUUGUUGUCAGUCACUGUGAGAGUGACAGCAGCUUGUACUGGUGCUCUGAGUGUUUGUAGUGGAUGGUUUACAUCAACGAACACACCUUUUGUCUUUUGUCAGUAACAGACAGAAUGAAGCAGGUUUGUUGUAUUAGUGUCACAGACUGACAUAAAAUAGUGCAACAUAAUACAACACUUCCUGAAACCAGUUGAUUCAUAUUGGACAAAAGUGAAAAUGUCAACUCAGAUUCUGAGUUUUUAUCUGAUUUUAAGAAGAUGUUUGGUUGGAAGAGUCAAUAGACAAACAAGCAAUUUUAAUGCUGGUGACAUCACAGUUCUCAUACUCACUGUCUCCCAUUCCUGACCAAGGGAGGCAGUAGACUGACAUGUCAUAGACCAUAUUCACAUGGUGGCCAUUUUCCUCUGACGUCAAGCUAAGCCUUAAACACUUUAAUGUCUCUGAAAAAAAAUCCUGAGCGAGAACAGCGAGAUGGUCGAAAAAUCAGAUUGACAGAUGGGCAGAUGAAGUUGCCAGAUGUUGAAGGUAACUGGAAACAUUGUAGUUUAAUGCUAGGCUUGUAAACGUGAAGUUUGCAAUUAACAUAAAUGUAAAUGUUACUGCACUAAAGUUGUCAGAUGACAAAUGAAUCCACCGGCUUGUGCAAACGUUGAACAUGUUAUAUGGUUUCAUAAUCAACCUGCACCGAUGAUACAGUAAUACGACGGUGAAACUGCUAACGUAACCGGUUGAACAGAUAGCAAGGUGGCUAACGUUACAUUACAAACUUGAUUACAUGCAGUGUGUUUUACUUCCAGGCUGAACUAAACGUGUCUGAGAUCUGCAUUGAUAUUUAAGUUGUUUUUUUUAAGUUCCUUUUUUGGGCUUUUAAUGCCUUUAGUCUAGAUUCAGUGAAAGAGAGACAGGAAAGUUGGGGGGCGAGAGAGAGAGGGAAGGGCCAUGGCCGCUGCAGUAAGGACUAAGCCUUAAUGCUGCUCGCUCUACCAGCUGAGCCACUGAGGCUAAUAAAUUCAUUUCUUUCCUAUUGAAGCAUGUAGCACUAUCAAACAGUAAUGUUAGCCAAGAAGUGGUUGAAUGCUAGCGUUAGCAGUUGUCUAACAGUAGCCAAAAGGUUAUCAAAUAUGUUGUUUUACCUUGAAAUAUUGGCCAGCGUCCCUCCAGAUUUUCAUUGUCCAUCGUCUUUUCUGUUGUUCAUCGAUGGGGAAGGAGGAAAAUGGCCACAGUGUGAAUAUGGUCUAUGGCGUCACUGGCUGAGACUGUGCAGCUUUCAGAGGCUACAUUCAGCCUCCAAGAACCUGGAUCAGUCAGUGGUACUGAUGCAGUGACAAAGAGCUGAUCCCAAAACAGCUUCCCACACAUAAACACCUUUACUUUUUUUAUUGUUGUUGUUUGUUAAAUCUGCAACAACAACAACUUCUUGAGACACACUGACUGAUCAUGUGUUUGGUCCACAUCUGGCUCUUUAGCUGCAAAAUGCUCCACUAUGUUCACCAGAUGUUGCAGCUGAAGAUGAAGCUAUGAGAGCAGAGAGCGUGAAGCGGAACAGAAAACAGAAAAACACUGAGCUGACUCACUGUACAGAUGAGGGAAGCUGCUGAUGAUUCUCUGGAGCUUCACCACUACCACUAGCUCCUGAACAUUGUCAUUGAUACGUUGUUAUUAUUAUUAUAAAAAAUAUUGAUUAUAGCUUCUUUAAAGGUGCAGUCUGUUAUGUAAUGUAAACCAAAGGCUUCCAAAACUGCAACCAGCUGAUUGAAACAAGUUCACUGAUACACAGAACAACUGUAAACACCAGGGUGUUUCUAUUGUUUAUUUAUAGUUUAUUUAUAGUUUUACAUUCAGGUUUGAAAAUAAUAUGAACACACGUGUACUUUAUAUUUUAUGUAUAUAUGAUAUUUUCUGUUUGUUCUUACUGAAUCGAUGAUCAGAUACAGGUUCAGACGGACUGUAAUGACUUCCUCUGAAUACACCUGGAUCUGAAUAAAAGGAGAACUGUGUUCUUUUUUACUUUUAGUUCAACUGUAUUUGUAUUUAGUUUCACUUUGACAUGAGAGAAAGAACAUCUCUUAUCUCAUCCUCAUCUCUAAGAAUGAAUGGAGCUAGGAGAAGUAGGGACAGAAACAACAUUUAGCCAUUCAUUAAUGAACUGAUGCUUUCAGGUCAUGGUCUAUUUUAAAGACUGUUGACCUGCGGUGACCUCUGUAUCCAGUCUUCUAGUGAUAAACCUGAGAACAUGAACAACCACUCCACACCUCCUGAACGUGGUCGUAGUGAAGCCAGUUUUUAUAUAGAACAGACUCAUGACUCGAGUGUGUGUACAAGCAUUUUUAUUGUGUAUUUACAAGUUAUUUAUUAUGAGGGUAUUUUACAUGAGACAUCUGCACUGUUAGUUUGUAAUGGUUUAUUCACCUUAUCUUAAAGACACAGGCUACACAAAGAGUCAGACACAUGUUACAUAGUAUAUAAGAAAAGAUUUGGAUUUUUGAUUUCACUUUUUGUCUUGAAAAUAUUUUGUAUGUUUCUAUAAAAGUGAUUAAAAAAAGAUUUUUUUAAAGAUC